UACUUUGACAUUAACCAAGAAAGACAACUUGCUCGCUCAAUAGGUAGGUAUAGGAAGAAAAAAGUUGUUUUCAGAUUCUUCUGUUUUGAUGUAAUUUUAAUGCGGUACCUACCUAUAUGUUUUAAACAUAUUUUGUAAUAGCGUAACCUAAACUUGUAAUGGAAUAGUAUAUCAGCUUAGUAUAGAGCUAUGGAUGACACUGAAAGUACAACAACGUCUGCUGACGAGAACACUGGUAAUUUGUGCGAUAAUCCGACAAGGGACACACUUGCAGAAGGCCUAUUAGGUUUAUUGAAACCUACUGUUGACCAAUUGGACGAUAGGGUCCGAGCAACAAGGAUAUCACAGUUGGAAUUGAAACAGCAAAUAGACUCAUUGAAUGAGGAGUUACAGAAGGUGCGAGAGGCACUGAAUAACCACCCAGACCUGGACCCUUAUGUUAAAAAGCUGAUAGCUUGCAAGCAUAAAGUUACUGUAGUUCUUAAUGUCUUACAAGCCUCACAGGACAGACUUAAUGAGAUAAGGCGUAUGGUUAGCAAAGAACAGAGUGUACGCAAAGCUGUGUUACCAGAGGAGCAUCAACAGCCAGAGCAAAGCACAAGCGGCAUUGUCUCAGAGCGAGGAAGCAUCAACUAACAUGGAGACUCCAUAUCAAAACCACAUUGCUAAAUCUGACUUUGAACAUGUCUAUGAGCCAGCUGAAGACAGUUUCCUGUUAAUUGAUGCCUUAGAAAAAGAACUAGAUAUUAUAAAAACCAAAAACCCCAUGUUUUGUCUCGAAGUUGGAUCUGGCAGCGGAGUUGUUAUUACAGCUUUUGGUAUGGCCUUUCCAGAAGCAUUUUGUAUAAGUACAGAUGUCAAUUUCAAAGCUUGUGAAAUGUCACAGUCCACAGCAAAGUACAAUAAAGUUUUGAUGGAUACUGUCAAUAUGGAUCUCGCUAGUUCUUUUGUUAAUGGCAUGUUUGAUGUGAUAAUAUUCAAUCCUCCCUAUGUGGUAACAGAAACAAGCGAAUGCGGUGGAAUGGAUAUUACUGCAAGUUGGGCUGGUGGCAAUAAAGGCCGAGAAGUGACAGAUAGACUCCUCAACAUGAUACCAAAGAAACUAGCACAAGAUGGCAUCUUCUAUAUUUUGCUGAUUGAAGAUAACAUUCCAGAAGAAGUAACUGAAAUAAUGACAACGCUCGGAUAUAAAUCGCAAAUGGUUAUCAGUAGGAAGGUUAGGAAUGAACAGCAGCUUGUGAUGAAGUUUUACAAGUGAAUGAGUUUGUUAUUUUGAUUGUUUGAUUGAUUAAUUUAUCAAUUACUUGUACAAUAAGGUUUAAUAAAAAAUAUAUUUCAUAA